GCGCGACAGCUAUCGACAAUUUGUUUUCUCUGUGCGGCAUUUGCAGGUUGCAAUCCUGUCUUCUCUCCUUCCUACUACUCUACUACAUCCAGGCCUGCCUCUACUUUCACCCCCACUCGACCCUCUCCUCUCCCUGACCGGUUUCCUUUGUGUGCCUCCCGUUUUGUGUGACCAUCAAGUGCUGGAUUAGCGCUCUGAACGACGUCACCAACAGCCAGCCUCCUGCCGACCCCGUCCUCCCCUCCCCAUCACAGCCAAGAUGCUUUCCAGAAACUCGUCCCGAGCGGCCCAGAGCCUCCUGCGAGCAGCCUCCAAGCAGGCGCAGCCCUCAGUCGCCGCGCGGUCCUACGCGACGGUCCAGAGCGAUGUCUUCAAGCCUGCCAAGUAUGGCGGCAAGUACACGGUGACGCUGAUCCCCGGCGACGGUAUCGGAUCCGAGGUGGCAGAGAGCGUCAAGACGCUCUUCAAGGCGGACAACGUGCCCAUCGAGUGGGAGCAGAUCGACGCCUCGGGCCUCGACAACAGCGUGAGCGGCAGGUCGGCCGAGGACAUGUUCAAGGAGUCGGUGGCCUCGCUGCGCCGCAACAAGCUCGGCCUCAAGGGCAUCCUGCACACCCCGCUCGAGCGCUCCGGCCACAAGUCCUUCAACGUGGCCAUGCGCCAGGAGCUCGACAUCUACGCCUCCAUCUCGCUCAUCAAGAACGUGCCCGGCUACGAGACCCGCCACAAGGGCGUCGACAUGUGCAUCAUCCGCGAGAACACCGAGGGUGAGUACUCGGGCCUCGAGCACCAGUCGGUCAACGGCGUGGUCGAGUCGCUCAAGAUCAUCACGCGGGCCAAGUCGGAGCGCAUCGCCAAGUUCGCCUUCAGCUUCGCCCUGGCCAACAACCGCAAGAAGGUCACGUGCAUCCACAAGGCCAACAUCAUGAAGCUGGCCGACGGCCUGUUCCGCUCCACCUUCCAGCGCACCGCCGCCGAGUACCCGACUAUCGAGGCCAACGACAUGAUCGUCGACAACGCCUCGAUGCAGUGCGUGUCCAAGCCCCAGCAGUUCGACGUCAUGGUCAUGCCCAACCUGUACGGCGGCAUCCUGUCCAACAUCGGCGCCGCGCUGGUCGGCGGCCCGGGUAUCGUCCCGGGUUGCAACAUGGGCCGCGACGUGGCCGUCUUCGAGCCGGGCUGCCGCCACGUCGGCCUCGACAUCCAGGGCAAGGACCAGGCCAACCCGUCGGCGCUGAUCCUGUCGGGCAGCAUGCUGCUGCGCCACCUCGGCCUCGACGACCACGCGAACCGCAUCUCCAAGGCCAUCUACGCCGUCAUCGCCGACGGCAAGGUCCGCACCCGCGACAUGGGCGGCGAGUCCACGACGCAGGAGUUCACCAAGGCCAUCCUCGACAAGAUGGAGACCCUGUAAGCUGGCUGGCUCGUGCUGCUCACAAAUGCCACUACAAGGGGGUUGUUACACAACACCUUAAUUAUUAUACGAGAUCUUUUGCAAUGAUCACCCACAACCACAACCAAAACUCAACAAAGACAGAUUGGAAAGCAAAAAGAAGCAGGACUGGGGAAGGGGGAGGGGCCAAGGCGGUGGGGGUCUCGAGGAAGAUGGAAGAUGAUGGUGGUGCCGCGAGGCAUUCUGCGGGCGAGGCGAGACAAGACGAGGAGACUCUUUGGAGGUAGAAUGACACGGUGCAUAUGGUGGGCGUCGGGUGGUAUUUUGCGCCUUCCAGGAUAAGAAUACCGUGUAUAAAUUAGGACGUCCAUAUAUCAAUGCAUUGCACUUGUUGCCG